AUGCGGUCCAUCCGACUGCCUUUCUCCAACUACGACCACGACUUUGACGAGUAUAUCCUGACCAACAGCCCCGGCGAAAGAUGGCCCCGCAAUUCGCGCGCUGCUGACUCUGGCUUGGUCAACAUGCUCUUGAUGCAACCCGCUCUCAUGGAAGCCAUUGACCAGAAGUUGGACAAUGAAUCCGGUCCUUUCUACGGCUUGUGA